CUUUCAUUCACAACUGCAACUCUUACAGUCUGCAUCUAUUGACCCUAUCAGUCCAUCUCCUCGCUGACCAGCUACCCCACAACCACCUACCAUCAUCCUCUCCGUACAUUCCAUUGCUCCACCGCCGCCAUGUCGGGAGUCAACAAGGCCUGCUGCUCGAUCCCCCCCGUUGUCGCCAAAGGCUACCAGCCCAAGGGUGAAUACAAGACCAUCGGCGGCCUGAAGACCUAUGUCACCGGACCCGAAUCCGCCUCCAAGGCCAUCCUCGUCAUCUACGACAUCUUCGGCUUCUUCGACCAAACCCUGCAAGGCGCCGACAUCCUCGCCCACUCCAGCACCCAGAAGUACCGGGUGUUCAUCCCGGACUUCUUCGAAGGCCAGCCCGCCCACAUCACCUGGUUCCCACCGCAGACCGACGACCACAAGCAGAAGCUGGGCCACUUCUUCCAGACCAAAGCCGCGCCGCCCAACAACCUCCCCAAGAUCCCGGGGAUCGUCUCCGACGCCAACCAGCUCGCCGCCUCUGGCGGAGGAUUCGAGUCGUGGUCGAUUCUGGGGUAUUGCUGGGGCGGCAAAAUCGCGACGCUGGCGACGGGCCAGGAGAACUCGAUCUUCACGGCGGCGGUGCAGUGCCACCCGGCCAUGCUGGACCCGGAGGACGCCAAGAAGGUGACCGUGCCGAUGGCGGUGCUGGCGUCCAAGGACGAGAAGCCCGAGGACGUGGACAAGUUUGGCAAGAAUCUGGGCCAACCGGGCUAUGUGGAGACGUUCCCCACGCAGAUCCACGGGUGGAUGGCGGCGCGGUCGAAUCUGGAGGAUGAGGAGGUGAAGAAGGAGUACGAGCGCGGGUAUAAGACGGCGCUGGGAUUCUUGGAGAAGUAUGCUUAA